AUGCAUCAUCAUGGAGGCCCCGCUGUAGUUGAUUUACCUUCGAAUAUUAUUCAAAAUAAAUACGAUUGGAAAUGUCUGGACAUUUCUACUACUCCCUUGCAUGUGAAGGACUGUAUGAAUGUUCGUUCACAAACUAUAUUUAAGGUAGAUCUUUUUCAACAAAGUUAUGAGGAUUGCGAAAAGCCAAUACAAAUACUUGGACCGGGAGAAACUAUCCUAGCAUGGAAUAUGGAUGAUAAUACUUUAUUAAUGAACUCAUCAUAUUAUGCCAAAAACACUGAAUGGUGCUACACCGAUUCAAAUUUUGAGGAUUCCGUUCUUAUUCAUCCAUACGGUAGACCUACGGAGUGUCUAUCUGCUCCUAUUAUAGUUGGCGAUCCGGUAACGGUUGUACCUUGCCGUGUUCCAACUGUUGAACAAAUACAAGGAAUAACUUGGCAAUUUUUAAAGAUUUACUAA